UGUUCCGGUUCGAGCUGACGCUGCAUUACUCGCUUCCUCGGACAGUCGCCGACCUUUGGGCAUCACUCGCUACGCCUUUUUCGUCUUACGAUUCUGUAGGAUCCAGGGAACCGGAUUCUAUACACGGCGUCAAGGACACUUGCUCGUGAGCGCGUCACCACCAGGAAUGUGAUUGUUGUCUACAGUCCCUUGCAUUGCUGUCUCCCAGCGCGCUUGUCAGGUCAUCCUUCGCGCCGUCUACCCGGAAAGUCUCGCUCCAGGCCCGCUCGCUUGGGUUUCCGAUUCUCCGCCUAACGACCCUUCCACCAGGUUAACAGCACUGCGGCUGCGACACGCUGUCGGUGGACGUGAUUGUUCGUCGUCGGCUGGUUGUAUACUCAGGCACCCGUGUGCGCCACGCAGACUUCACGCCGAACAAGCCCAUCGUGUGGAUCUCCGGUCAACGCAAUGGCUUCACGACGCCCUACAGUCAUCCAGGUAGACAAUGAGACCACCAGCUCGGCCUGUAGAGUUACCCAGGAAGGCAAGCAAAUCACUUACCGUCUCAAAGUACUUCAGCAACCGGCGCGUGCUAGAGCAUGCGGCGCAGGCGCGAAAUCAUCUGCGGACAGACGUCCUGUCGAUCCACCGCCCAUCGUGGAGCUCAAAAUCUUCGAUGGCGAAGGCACCGACAGCGAUAUCACAUUCCACAUGAAUGCUAAUUACUUCCUCUUUGCAACCCUGGAGCAGGCACGCCCGAUCGCUCAUGGUCGCGUGCCUGACGACAAGCAGCAGCGGCUUACGGUUCUCACUGGAACGCCUGUUGCUGGCAUGGUGUACCUUGACCGCCCUGAGCCUGCUGGUUACUUUAUCUUCCCAGAUCUCUCUGUCCGCCAUGAGGGCAAGUACAGAUUGAGUUUCAGUCUGUAUGAGGAACUGAAGGACGUUAAGGACGACACUAAAAGCGAAGCGUCCGGUAUCCGGGCCGGCUCCCCUGCAGACGCCCAUGUCACGCACCGCCUGGAGGUCAAGUCGGAGCCCUUUACUGUGUACAGCGCGAAGAAGUUUCCCGGCCUUACCGAGAGCACAGCACUCAGCCGGAUGGUGGCUGAUCAAGGGUGCCGGGUCCGCAUACGCCGCGAUGUGCGGAUGCGAAGGCGCGAGACGAAGUCAGGCAAGGACUGGGAUGAGUACGAGGAUGAGACGGCGCAGGCUCGAGCGCGGCUGUCAGCGACACCUGACGUGCCCUUCCGGGACCCAAGCUUACCUUCAACGCAUGGCUUCAUCGACCCCGUUGCGAGACCAAGAUCGGCCAGCAACGCGAGCCACCAGUCACUGAUUGCACCGUUGUCUCGUCGUACCUCUAGUCAUGACAUGGCGCAGGGAUUCCAGCCUUUUGGUACGGCGCCGCAUACGCCACAGAACGUGUACGCGCACUCACCUCAGUACGGACCUCCACCAAAUCAACUGUACCCUCAGCCAGCCUAUAUGCCGCAACAACCGCCGGCCCCAUCGAGCAUGCACCCGCCACCGCCUCAUUAUCCCCAGCAGAGUUACCAACCUCCACCCGCGACUGGACCGCCACAAUCGGAGUACUAUGAUUACGCGCCUCCGCGGCCUCCACCAGCGCAAUACCCGCAGACCUCGCCUACCGCCGAGUUCUCGCGAAUUCCGCGCAUGAGCGUAGACUACUCGUCUCACCUUCCGACUGACUCGCGACGACCGUCUGCAGCGUAUACUGCAGCACUCCCCCCGCCCCCUCCACCAGUCCAUUAUCCUUCGCAACCACCUACGCACCCAUUUACGCCUACUCACACCUACCAACCAGCUCCACCGCUACCACGGCCUCAGCACGGUAUGUACCUGGAGUAUCAAGGCCAGCAACCGAUCUUCGGCGCUCAAGAUUCCUUUGCGAGCCGAGCAUUACCUCCCCAGCCCGUCCAGCCUCCAGCGAGAGCUACUGGCGCUUCUACGCCGUUGAGCACAUCGCGACUAUCGUUUGACCAGCGGACAAAGCCGCAACUACCGCCCAUACAGAUACCAGACAUGUCUGGCGCGAUCGAUCCUUCGCCCUCCCAAAGCAUGCCAUCUGACGCGCUGUUACCGACAAUCUCCGUGCAUGACUCUCGGAAACGCCACCACGGUUCCGUCUUCCGGGAGCCGCAUCAAUAUGAGCCGAUGCGGCAAGGCGCGCGGCCAACCGACACUUACGCAACGAGUCCGAUUGCCAUUGGCAACGACGCGGACGAUUGUGACACCGCCGAAGGUAGCACCUUCCCAGGGAAGGUCAUGGAGUACCGCCGUGCGAAUGGUUUGCACAUGAAGCGGAUGUUACCGAGGCAUAGCGGUGAAUGAGGUUAUGACAACGUCUGAGAAUGCAGCUUUCAAGAAUGUGGUGGUAUUAUUUUCUGGCGGGACGAGUGUAAAGCGCGGUGUCCCUGGGCUACUGGAGGCGGUUAUUUUGAGUUCAGUUUUCAUCACGU